CCAGCUAUUUUCAGUGUGAAUUUCGGCAUAUAGUCAUGCCAAAUAAAUAACUAGUUUAUACAUCAAAUUCACAAUUAUUAAGUGAAAUGAAUGCAGGAAAUAAAAAUUUGACGCUAGGUUUGAAAUUUUAACAAGCAAAAUUCUAAUAUUUGCAGCUUCAACUAUAUAAGCAGCUUGUACUAGUGCAACAAAAAUCAGUUCUAAAAAUUCGUAACAAGAUGAAAAUUCAGAUAUUUGUGGUUGUUUUUGUAGUGUUCUCCCUCUACGAGCUGGUUUUGUCGCAGAGUGCUGCAGACUUGGCUGCCUAUAAGGAGAAGCAGCAGGCUUGCAUCAAGGAGCUGAAGGUUCCCGACGCGGAGGCCGCACUAAUCGCAGCCGAAAAUGAGGUGGCCAAUGCCUCUGAGGCUUACAAGUGCUAUCACAAUUGUCUGUACCAGAAAAUGGGCCUGGUGACAGCCGACGGUAAGCCCAACAGCGAGAAUAUACUGAAAUUCACCCAGAUGCGUUUCAACAAAGCACCGCUGGACAAGAUCAAGACCCAGUUGGCCAGCUGUGGCAUAAGCGUUGCAAAGUCCGCCAACAACUGCGAUUUUGUUUACAACUUUGAGCAGUGCAUGGUGAAGGCACUCAAGGCUUGAAGGGGCAAGGCUUCAAGCGGCAAAUGCUGCACUUUGCAUAAAUGAUAAGCGAA